AUGGUGGACUACUACGCAGCGCUGGGGGUGAGCCGCGGUGCCAGCGCGGACGACAUCAAGAAGGCGUACAGGAAGGCGGCACUGAAAUGGCAUCCAGAUAAGAACCCGGACAACAAGGAGUACGCUGAGCAGAGGUUCAAAGAGAUCGCUGAGGCGUACGAAGUGCUGUCAGACAAGCAGAAGCGCGAUAUCUACGACCGUUAUGGCAAGGAUGGACUCAUGGGAGCAGCAGGACCAGGGGGCUCCAGGGCUGAUGCCAGGGCUCCCGAAUUCACCUUCACCUUCCGCAGCGCUCAUGACGUCUUCCGGGAGUUCUUUGGUGGCCGAGACCCCUUCGCUGACUUCUUUGAUGAGAUGUCACCCUUCUCUGAGCUGCGAGGACCUGGACCCCGGCACCAUGGGGGAGGCCACUUCUUUUCCUCCUUCCCAGGAUCCUCAGAUUUCUUCGCCUCAUCCUUCAGCUCUGGUGCUGACGCAGGGCUGGGCUUCCGCUCCGUCUCCACCUCCACCACCUUUGUUAACGGCAAGCGCAUCACCACCAAGAGGAUUAUUGAGAAUGGGCAGGAGCGGGUGGAAGUGGAGGAGGAUGGGGAGCUGAAGUCAAUCCACAUUGAUGGUGUUCCCGACGACAUGGCACUGGGGCUGGAGCUGAGCCGGCGGGAGCAGCAAGCCUUCCCCAGCCCGCGGCCCCCCUCGCCCCCGCCGGCAGCCCCGCGCCAGCCCCCCAGCUCCUCGCCUGUGCGCCUCUACACAGACAGCGAGGACGAGGACGAGGACUUGCAACUGGCCAUGGACUACAACCUCUCCGAGAUGGAGGUCGCCACAGAGCCCAUGGUUCCCGGGGGGAACCAGAGCGGGAGGUGUGUUCUGAGGCUGCUGCGCCCGGGAACCGUGCACGCCCACGGAGGCUGUCCCAGCCAGGACUCCGCUUUGCCCCUGCACGGCCACCCCCUGCCACCCCCUUUCCCCAGCACCCUCUGGCUCCGUGGGAUGCGGCGGGGUGGGGGGGGGCACGACAGGGCUUGUGUCUGA